AGUGAGCCGUCGGACUUUAGUGGAGUUCAGUGUUUGUACGCUCACGGUGCGUCAGACGCGCAAACCUCCACUGGAAGCGCACGACGACUCCAGACUAUUAUACAUGCAAAUACAGCCAAGACUCCGGCUUCUCCCUGAACGCAGCAGACUUCUGUUUUUCUACAAGCUUGAAUUCGGCUCUACUUGUGGCUGCAUCUUAGGAGUGAAAUGGAUGUCAUCCCUAUGUGCAGCAUCUUUCAGGAGCUCCAAAUUGUGCACGACACCGGAUACUUUUCAGCUUUACCAUCUCUGGAAGAGUAUUGGCAGCAGACAUGCCUGGAGUUGGAGAGAUACCUGCAGAGCGAGCCCUACGUCUCGGCCACCGACCUCAAGUUCGAGGGGCAGGAGGACCUGUGGAGCAAGCUGAUGCUGGCCUGCGGCGACAAGGCGAGCGAGUCGGACCCAAAGAUCCCCCACGUGAAGGAGGAGGAAGACAAUCACGACGCCCAGCACCUGGACGCCGGCAGCUUCCACUCGGACGCCAGCAGCGAGGCCUCGGACAGCUCCGAGGAGCUCUCGCCCACGCUCGACUUCCCCUCCAACCCUCUGAGUGACAUUCUGGGCGACGGCGGGGAGGAGCUGGGCUCCACGGUCAUCAGCACGCCUCCGUCCUCGCCCGAGCUGGGCAAGGAGGGCUCCGUCGCCCAAGUGUGGAGCGGGAUACAGACUGUGCUGCACUCACCCGGGAAAAUAAGGACUGGGGGUGUGGGCCGGAGCCUGGAGAGGACGGGGCUGACCAGCGGGGAGGCGUCGCCGGACGGGAGGAGGCGGGUGCACCGGUGUCACUUCAACGGGUGCAGGAAGGUGUACACCAAGAGUUCGCACCUGAAAGCACACCAGCGCACGCACACAGGUGAGAAGCCCUACAGGUGUUCAUGGGAGGGCUGCGAGUGGCGCUUUGCACGAAGCGAUGAACUCACCAGACACUUCAGGAAGCACACCGGAGCCAAGCCAUUCAAAUGCAGUCACUGCGACAGGUGUUUCUCCCGCUCUGACCAUCUGGCGCUGCACAUGAAGAGGCACAUCUAAGAUGGCCGCCGCGCCGAGAGCUCUGAGACGAUAUUGAUUCUGGUUGUGUGCCCUGACCUGUGUGGGGGAUCCGAGAGGCCAGGGUGUCCUGAGAGAGUUACGGGGGGGGACACCCCUGUGUUUCCAGCCAGCGGGGGAAAGUUAAAAAAAAAAAAAAAAGCGAGAGAAAGCAAAGCAGGCUAUUAUUUGCACCAUACUUAGUGCCUCCAACACCUCGCUGUGGAGAUUGCUCUCGAGAAAGAAAGGCUUUUUUUAAAACGGAGGAGUGCGACGGAGGGGGGGGAAAUCUGGGCCGGAGAAGGCGGAAAAGAGACACUCUUCUUGUAUGGUGUUCGACGCUUUUUUCCUGGAGGAUUAUGGGACUCCUGCAGGGGGUUGCCGCUCCUCCAAUGACAGUGUGUUUGCCCGUGCGCAUGAGGACUGUUGAGUGCCUGCGACUGGAUGCCUGUGCCGGCUUACCGAGCGGAUGGAGCUUGCGUUGUGGAACUGCGAGUGAAUGGCGAGGACUGGAUGAUGUUAUUAUGGGAGGGGGCGGGCGGGACGGGGGCGGGCGGGACGUUAUCUGUUGUCUCACUGAGAAUGAAUGCAAGCCAAAAAAAAAAAAAAAAAAGAGGUUUUGUCUGUGCUGUUUGAGUCUGUUGGCUGUAGAGUGAAAGGGGGGUGUCGGGAUCGCAACGCCGCUGUGGGAGAGAGAGCGCCCCCUUUCUGCCCGGAGGAGGAAUUACAGCUCCCUGUUUUUUUUUUUAAAAAACAAAAAAAGUGGGAGGUUGUCAUGUUUAGUGCAGCUAUUAAAUGUGCAAUGUAUUACGUAGCCUGUCUCAAAACGUACACGCUAUAAAGCUCCUUUUUGUUGUCCAUUGUGUAAGCUCUGUAUCUCGAAACGAUGAAAAAAAAACAAAACAAAACAAAACAAAAAAAAAAAAACGGUUGUACACAAACAAUUAUUGCCAUUAUAACAGAAGUUGCAUGGGAUCUGGGGAUGUGUUGCUCACCUGUUUGCUUAUAGGACAACAAAAAUCCAUUCGAGAGCAGCUACCUACAUAUUACUCAAUAUCAUAGUAUUGUACAAAAAAAAAAACAUAAGGCAGUCAUUUUUUUUUUUUUUUUUUUUUGUUCUAUUGAUACGUUGGGGAUACCACUAUUGCUUGGCAACUGUCUUGAUCAUGGGAUUGUGUUUUUCUCCUUUUCGCUCUUCUCUUUCGUUCUAUCUGUAAAUGCACUGUUGACCUUACUGAUGCCUUAUGUAAGUGGCCUUGUCCUGUUAAAUAGAUCACUCUCUCUCACACACACACACACACACACACACACACACACACACACACACACGGGGGUUGCGAAUGCAGUAGUGCGUGAUUGAAUAGCUUUAUAAAGGCUCUGAUCCAUACAGUCGCACCUUUGCCCUUUUGUCUCGCGACAAAACUCCUCCAGGCUCCUGAAUAAUAAAACAUAACUCUAUAUCAGCUUCAUAAUGACUGCCAUUUUUACAUUUCUGUGCAUUGUUCGUCGACUAUAUCAUAUCGUAACUAUAUCGAGACAAAAUCAUAUUCUCCAAAACGACCCAGGUCUGAGACAGAAUUGUGGAGCACUUGGAAAAAAAAACAAACAAAAAAAAACUUAAAACAAAAAAAAAAAAUCAUUUUUUUCUAAUGGUUUACUACUGUGUAGUAUAACGUGGUGUGGAUGCACUUAAGAUGGACUUUAACUUGCUGUCAAAGGUACACAGUCUUGGUAACAAGUUCUCAUGGCAGGCGACGCGCCCGGGGCUGCUCUCAGGCCCGAGCCGCCGCCGCCGUCUUCUGAUUCGUCCAGCGCUCACACCCUUAAAGAGCGGAUGUGUCGUCUCCAACGCCCGUGUCACUCGGCUGUGUCGACGGUGUGUGUUCACGGAGUCUGUCGGGAGCCGGCGGUUGCUUCAUUAGGCCAGCGUCUGAGCUCCUGAACCGGAUCCAGACUCACGUGAACCCGCCUCACCUCCAGUGUGUUGUUGUUGUUGUUGUUGUUGUGCAUGUUUUGCUGCUGUCCUGCAAAAACCUUGGAGCCCCAGUUGACCUGCAACUAAUGACUAGCUUCAUUGUCAAGCUAUCGAUCGUUUUGUUCCUUAAAAAAAAAAGAAAAAACACUUUUAUUAUUGAUAAUUUGAUUCAUUUUGCCUAGCAGUGGAACAUCAUGUUUUUGAAAAAGGUCACAAAAUGCCAAAUUCCUCAAUCAGUAAAGAUAUUUAAAGGCAUUUGAUUGCAUAUUGCUUCUUAAAGUUGAUACCUAUCUAACUAUCCAUGUCUCAUUUAGUAUAUAAAGUGUCAAAAUAUCCUGACAGAGUCUCACGGGAAGUGAUCAGAGCCCAAAGUGAUGUCCUCAGAUCGCUCAGCAUCUAAAAAACCAUUAAGUUUAUCACAAUUUCAAGAGAGAAAAAUACGACAAUCUUAGCAUCUCGGUGACCUUAGUGAGGCUGGAAUCUUUUUGGCAUUUUCACUUGAUAAAAGACAUUUUUACCUGAUUAUUUUCACUCUCCAUCGAUUAAAAGACUAAUCGUUUCAGCGCUAAAACCCCAGGCGGCUUCUCUGCGAACCUCUGGCUCAUGAAAAACUUUCUAAAGGAGAAACUCGAGACAAGCUGGAAGCGAGCUUUUCUCAGUCCUCGUCAAGUUUCCAAAAGUUUUUACAGGAGAGCAGCGGCACGUUUUCUUGAAAAGCGACACACAUGCAGACGUGGACGCGUUGGGGAUGACACACACACGAGUGUUUUAAGGUUGUGGCUGGCGUAUAAGUGGUCAUAAAAAAAAUAAAAAAAACGUCUUGUCAGUGUCUCGCUUACUGGUUUAUCUCACGGGCAGCCUUGUUGUAACAAUAAUUGUACAGGUCAGUCUGGUAAGCAUUAAAGAAGAAUUCAGUUGGCCCCCCUUUUCUUUUCCUUUUACACGGAGAAAUAUUGAAAAUGCAAAGAUAUGUACAUUGUAAACUAAGAGAAUUUUGUAAGGAAGCUUCUAUUUUAAAGGGGUACGGGACCAAAAAAAAAAAAAAAAGAGGAAAAUAAGAGCGUGUGUUUAUAGAGACGAACCGGUGAAGAAAAGAGGCUGAGGAAUUGUAAAAUAGACACACUCCAUUCUCAUUUGUUUGUUUGCUUCUGUAAGAUCUAUGUUUUAUGAUUUGAUCGGGAAAAAAACACGGUAGAGCUAUUGUAAGGUCGGAAACAAAACAAAAAAAAACAAACACAAAAGGCAUCAGAAGUGCAAACACCUGUGGCCUGUCAUCUUUCCAAAAAAAAAAAAAAAAAAAAAAAAAAAACACCCCAAGGUAACAAUUUUAAAGACGUGAACUGUUUCUGGACACUUGAAAUGUCAUCCAAUAUUGUAUUCUGGUGCCCGUUAAGUAUUAAUUUUUUUAUUUGCCAUGUGAUAUUUUUUUUUUGUUCUCUCUCUCUCUCUCUCUCUCUCUUGACCUUUCAAAGACCUGCGAAGAGGCCCUAUCUUUAGCUAGAGAAUCUUUAUUGGAUAAACAUGGAGAUAAAAUAUUGAGGUUCUAUUUUUGUUUGUUUUAUGGCAUAACAAGAUUUUUUCAUUUGAAAUUGUUUUGUAAAAUAGUUUCUGUAUGAAUGUAUUUUUUAUUGGAAAAUCGAUAAAAAGAACUUAUUGGAA